CCAAAUUCCCAGCGGAAGUUGCACAUGUUAGUAUGCACUUGAAAUAAAUUUCAAUCAAACCAAUUUUUGGCUCUACAGUAGUUAGUUUGGCGUCGAACGAGUAGUAACCAUGAAUAUACGAAGCGCAAAGCCUGAAGAUCUGAUGAACAUGCAACAUUGUAACCUGUUAUGUUUGCCAGAAAACUACCAAAUGAAGUACUAUUUCUAUCAUGGUUUAUCCUGGCCACAGUUAUCUUACGUUGCUGAGGACGAUAAAGGAAAAGUUGUGGGUUAUGUACUUUCAAAAAUGGAAGAAGAUCCAGAUGAUGUACCACAUGGACAUAUCACAUCCCUUGCAGUGAAGCGCUCUCAUAGAAGACUUGGUUUGGCUCAGAAAUUAAUGGAUCAAGCCUCACGCGCUAUGGUGGAAUGUUUUAAUGCGAAGUAUGUCUCUUUGCAUGUCAGAAUCAGUAAUCGUGCUGCUCUGCAUUUGUAUACCCAUACAUUGAAAUUCAAUAUUUAUGAGGUUGAACCUAAGUAUUACGCUGAUGGAGAGGAUGCAUACGCCAUGAAAAGAGAACUGACAGAGUUUUACAAAGAUGACUCGACAACUUAUAAAAUGAAACGAAAUGAAGCCGACGAUAGAGAUGGUGAUAAAGGUAAAAAGAAAGGAAGAAAUGGGACCGACUCGGAAAGACACAUCCAUGGUGAUAAAUGUGGAGAGAAGUGUGAGGGGUCUGAAGAGACGAAGUCACUUAAAAAGGGAAAGAAGAAAAAAGAGAAAGAAACAAAAGAUAAUGGUGGAAAAGAUUUGUGUUGUGAAUGUGCAUGUAAAGAUCACCAUCACUCGGAUACCACAUGACAUUCACUGCUAGAAUAAAUUCAUAGAACAAUGCAAUGUUAGCUGCAGAGGUUUUACUCUACUUGAUUUUGAAAUGAAACGCUAGGAAAACAACAUUUAUAAAUGUUUUGUUUUACUUUUGAAAACAAAGCAUGGACAUUGAAAGCCAACAGUGAUGUGGGAGUUCUGGCUAGCCGUGAUUCAGCUUUGUUGCUCUUUACCUCAUUCGUAUACAUCGUCUUGAUUCAUGAAUGUACAUUAAACAAAGUUUAGGUAUAACUGAGAUUCUAUGUAUUUAAUUGAUUAAUACUUCUGUAUUAAGAUUAUUCAAUACCACUAAAUAUAUGUUCACAUUUCAAAUUUAUAUUAAACUGACACACUUAUGGCGAGAAGCAAUAACUUUUAAAGGGCAGGGAGGGGCAGCUUUUCUCCAAAUAUGGUUUUGUGUAUCAUGGUUGAAAUUUUACCGCCUCACAAUUUAAUUAAGAACCAACUGUCAAAACACACAAUGUGGAAGUUGAAAUUCGGAGGUGUACACUAAACUCUUUGAUGGUAAUUAGCUGGGAUAUCAAGGUCUUUCAUUUAGAAGUUAAUUUCAUCCAUUAUUCUUUCUCCUAGUUCUGAUGAGUGGUCACUGACAUAGCUAGUUACAAGUCAUAAACCUGACCUUGAAAUGUUCUUAAUUGUUUGCUAGUGUUUCAUUUUGACAUCAAGAUCAUUGGCAAUGCGAUGAUAUACAGAACCUAGGAAAAUUUAAAUUAGUUUGUCUCAUUACUGUACUAUUAUGCAGUUUUACUCUCUGCACCAUCCUAUAUUUGUACACAAACCACUUCAGUGACCUCAAGUAACUAAUGACUGGCAACAGUCAUUACCAAAAUGCCUCACAAAAUAUUCUGAUUGUGAGAAAUGCAAGUUUAACAAAUCUUAAAUACAGACAAUAUUUGUUCUUAGAGGAAUUGAGAGAUCACAUUUUAAAUGUUAAUGUGUGAAGUGUUUUUCAAAAUAUUCAUUUGUUUUGUAUAUUUUCCAUUGUUUGAUUUACAAAAGAAUAAAAGUGCAGUUGAUUUAGAUGGUUUGUUUAUUCCUAAUAAAGUACUGUAAAUG